CCCUUGCCUGCUGUUCUUCAGUAAGUCCAGUAGGGGCCAGCAGUAGGUCAAACUCACCCCGAGCUGUCAUGUUAUUACAGUAGAAGAAGAAGAGAGCUGCUGGCUGGGCCCCGCCCUUUGACUCACCUCGCUCUGAUGUGUUUUUUUUGUUUCUGGUUUGUUUAUGACGCGAACCACUGGACCCGUUAGCUUGACAGCUACACUAUAAGUGUAUGCUGUUAAAAAAGGCGCUUCUGAUCUCAACUUUCCAAGAAGAUAGUGAGCCGUGAAGGAGACAGAAUUAUAAGAGAGCUAGUUUAGCAGUAGGCGUUGGUCAGAUACAUUAGUUAGCCUAGCAUUUGGCUAGCACACUGACUAACGUUAUGGCGUGACGUUGGACAGGAAAGUGGUUGACGAAGGUUUUUAAUUAUAGCAUAAAUAUAGAGAAGGUUUAUAGAGAGACAAGUACAUGUGUGCUACACACCCGGAAGCAGGUUAGGCUUUUAGACAGCUGCCUGGCGACUAAAUUAGACUAGCUAGUGAGCUAAAUGAAUGUUAGCAUGGCGUCAGAUACAAGUGACACGGAGGAAUUCUAUGAUGCUCCAGAGGACGUUAACUUCACCCCAUCUCCCAAAGUGUCACCUGCAAAGUUUGUCAUUCCUUCACCUCAGCUUCCACAGAGAUCAGUAAACGCUGCACAAGUUGUGAGCUGCAGAGUGGCUGCAUCUGAGACUCAGCAAGAUGAUUCCCUACUGAUCAUUGAUAGCAUCAUUGAGGAGAGUCAAAAGGGAAGUGUUGGUGAGGUGGCUCAGCUGUUAGAUGAGCUACAUGUUGAUGUGAGAGCAGAACCGGAGCCAGAGGAAGAGAAUAACGCUCAGGAAGUUCCUGUAGAGCUAGCAGCGCCAGCUGCUGAGCCUCAGCUUGUCGAGAGGCCAGAGGAGCAACAGGAAAGUGCAGCAACAAACAGAGCGUGCUCCAUAUCUGCCCCUGAACCCGCAGAUCUCCCAGGACCAUCAGCUGGGCCACAAGAAGGUGUUCAGCCCCCCGACAUCACCAGCACCGUAGGACUAAGUCAGCCCGAUGGAGUUGUCGUGGUUGCAGAAGGAGAGCAGAGACCAGCAGAUAUCUUAGACCAGGUCCCAUUCACAGACAGGCCGGCUGACUCAGACUCCUCUGGGCCUACAAAACCCCCACGGCAAUUCACAGUAGAACCAGACAUUGUAGCAAGCACCAAGAAGCCUCCUCCCUCACGCCCACCACCUCCCAGCGGCGGUCCUCCACCAAGACCGCCUCCACCGUCUUGGCAGAGUCUACCAUCCAAGAAGUCUCAGGAGUGUCUGAGGCCAAGUGGACUGGAAGUGUCUGCAGUCAGCGGUGAUGUUCUGGAGCCCUCUGGCCUCGUGUCUCCGAGCAGCACAGUGAGGAGUUUAACCAAAGAGCUGCAGCAUUCCUUGGAUCUGGCCAGUGCCACCAGUGGAGACAAAGUUGUGACAGCACAGGAAAAUGAGGAUGAACAGGCCUCAUCUCAGAGCGGAGGACAAACUACAGGCCCUCAGCGUCCACGUUCCAACUCUGGUAGAGAGCUGACAGAUGAAGAAAUUCUGGCCAGUGUGAUGAUCAAGAAUUUGGACACUGGGGAAGAGAUUCCUUUAAUCCAGGCAGAAGAGAAACUUCCUGCAGGGAUUAACCCCCUUACUCUGCACAUCAUGAGGAGGACCAAGGAGUACAUAACGAAUGAUGCAGCACAGUCAGAUGAUGAUGACAAGGCUCAGGCGCCCCUGGCUGACACAGAUGGAGGAAAACUAAAACAAAAAACAACCCAGUUUAAAAAGUUCCUGGGUAAGUCUGUGAAGAAGGCCAAACAUCUAGCUGAGGAAUAUGGAGAGAAGGCUGUCAACAAAGUAAAAAGCGUGCGUGAUGAAGUGUUCCAUACAGAUCAGGACGAUCCGUCCUCCAGUGACGAUGAGGGCAUGCCUUACACGAGGCCCGCCAAGUUCAAGGCAGCACACAGCUUGAAGGGUCCCUUUGACUUUGAUCAGAUUAAGGUUGUGCAGGACCUGAGCGGAGAGCACAUGGGGGCCGUUUGGACGAUGAAGUUCUCUCACUGUGGGCGGCUGCUGGCAACAGCAGGCCAGGAUAAUGUGGUUCGCAUCUGGGUCUUGAAGACUGCCUUUGAUUACUUCAAUAACAUGAGAUUAAAGUACAACACUGAAGGUCGAGUUUCACCUUCUCCUUCUCAGGAAAGUUUAUGCUCCUCUAAAUCUGACGAUCCUGGGGCAAGUUGUGCUCCAGAGGACCCAGACACAGAAGACAGGAAUGCCCCUUUCCGCCAAGUCCCCUUCUGCAAGUAUAAAGGUCAUACAGCUGAUCUACUGGACUUGUCCUGGUCAAAGAACUUCUUCCUGCUCUCCUCUUCGAUGGAUAAAACAGUCAGAUUGUGGCACAUAUCCAGGAGAGAGUGUCUCUGCUGCUUUCAGCACAUUGAUUUUGUCACAGCCAUCGCUUUCCAUCCCAGAGAUGACAGGUACUUUUUAAGUGGGUCUCUGGACGGAAAGCUACGGCUCUGGAACAUUCCUGACAAGAAGGUGGCUUUAUGGAACGAGGUGGACGGACAAACACGCCUCAUCACAGCAGCUAAUUUUUGCCAAAAUGGGAAGUAUGCCGUCAUCGGCACAUACGAUGGCCGAUGCAUCUUCUAUGAUACAGAGCGUCUGAAAUACCACACUCAGAUUCAUGUGAGGUCCACGAGAGGCAGGAACAAAGUUGGGCGUAAAAUCACUGGCAUUGAACCUCUACCUGGAGAGAAUAAGAUUUUGGUGACCUCAAAUGAUUCCCGCAUUCGCCUUUAUGACCUGAGGGACUUGUCUUUAUCCAUGAAAUAUAAAGGUUAUGUCAAUAGCAGCAGCCAGAUCAAGGCGAGCUUCAGUCAUGACUACUCCUUCAUAGUCAGCGGCUCAGAGGAUAAAUAUGUGUACAUCUGGAGCACUUACCACGACCUGAGCAAAUUCACAUCUGUACGACGAGACCGCAAUGACUUCUGGGAAGGCAUUAAAGCACACAACGCAGUGGUCACCUCUGCCAUUUUUGCACCACACCCUGGCCUUAUUGUUCCACAAGAAGCUGGAGCUGACAAACCAGAAGCAGAGUGUAAGAGCCUGGACUCCACAGACUCUGAAACGAUACCCUCAGGAGCCCUGAAGACGGAUCACACAGAGGUUCUACUCUCUGCUGAUUUCACUGGAGCCAUUAAGGUUUUCAUCAAUGUAAAAAAGUACUGAGCACCUAAGAGGUCGUCAGCUCCCCACACUCAGGCCUGUCUGUUGGAGAUCAGUCUUAAAGAUGAAGGACAGCCUAACGGGGUUCAUCUAACGCCACCCAACUACCUAACGGUUGUUGCUCUGAGACAAAGAGUCGUCUGUAGCUUUUUUCGGGAGAACAGGGACCCUAAAAUGGAAGAUAUGGGAAUGGGUGGAGGAAAAAAAAUGGACUGUACAUUACAGACAAGGUGUGAUUCCCUGACACAUUUCUAUUUUUUAUCUUUAAUACCAAGCAACUGUGAAUGGUUUGGCAUUGAGAAAAAAAAAGAGCUGGAAAUGCCAAGUGUGUGCGGUCUGUUCAGAUAUUUAUGUUAAUUUACAAGAUUGAGUAUAGCUAGAAGGCUAUUUGUAACAGUAUGGGCACCUUACUAAUUUCUUUUGCUCCCACAUUUCAGAAAAGACGUUUAGUGCAAGACACUGUCCUAAUGUCAGUCACAAUUUUUAAUGUGUCUCAUGAAAAGAGAUGUAACCAUUUGUCCCGAAAGCAAGGUGGUUUUCCAUGAUCGGUGCCUAUCGCUUUUCUAAAUUCAAAUUCUAAAAUAUAUCAAACAUUUUAGCAGAUGACUGCAAAUCUGCGGUACAGGAAAUCUGUGUACGGUUACUAAUGAUUAGGGCUGGGUAUCUUUUUUUCAGAAACAAAUAAGUACUUUUGAUAAACUGUUCAAUGAAAGCACAUUUCAUUAUAAAAUAGUACUGUAAAUUCAGUGUGUAACAUUGCUGCUUUUGUAAACCGAACAAAAUGAUGCUCUAUUAAUUUCCUCAAUAAAAGGCCACACAAACUAGAAGAAUGCUUGUCGAUAACCUUUUUAACCUCGAACAAUCAAAUCAAUGUUGACAAUUUUUAACAGAUAAAGCAUUUUGAUACCUGGCCCUACCCUCACAAUAAUGUCCUCCACACACACACACACGUUCAUCACCCACAGUGAUUUAUUUAGUGUCAGAUCUUUACAGGUUGUCAUUUUAAAAACAAACAUUAAAACAAAAAUAUAUAUAAUUAGUUACAGUGUUCAAACUUCAUACAAAAGAGUGCUGGAUCUUGCAUGGAUAGUGUAAGAUGGGACCAAGAAAACAGGCAUGUCAGUCUGUUUAAAUAGCACUGCAUACCAGCAGGCUAAUGGAUAACAAGGUCCAGAGUUCAGAGUCAAUGUUUGCUCUUCUUUACCUUCUUAUGGGAGCGAUGCGGAGACCGAGACCUAGACUUGCCUGCCUUCCGGUCAAGAGAUGGUGAUCGGGAACGUUUGGACCACUUGGGAGACCUUGUCCUGUUCAAACAGAUGAACAUAUAACGGAUUUUAAGCAUCACAAUCAGGAUGAAUACAUUGGCGCACUGCAAAAACAUCUCAUGGCACUUGCUUUAUUAAAGGAGAGAUGCUCCUCGAAUUUCGGGUGUGGUCAUCAGAAUCUCUACUCCAUCCUCGUCUUCUGACGCCAUCUUCACUUCUUCUGCUCCUCCCUUCUUUGUCCCUUCUAUCAUCCUUUGACUUGUCUUUCGACUUUGACCUCGUCGGUCUCUCGUUCUUUUCUCCAUCUUUUUCAAACUCCUAAAGUAGACGGUAAAACAUCCCAGUAAAGUCAGACACAGGCUUCUCUAUCUUUCUGUAUUCCAGUGCAUAUAAACACUGACACAAACAGGCAGAGUAAUUAAUAGUUUUUUUUAAAGGUUUUCUCUGUGUGUGUUACACUGUCAAAAAUCCACUUAAUCCUUGGAGCAGAGUUAACUGUUCUUACUUGAAGUGUUCAACAGAGACUGUGCUCCGACAUUUUUCACGUUUUAACUUGUAAAGUAAAAUCACAACACAAAAACAUCAAUUGUAGCUAGAUGUUUUUUUCCCUGUAGAUCUGAAGCUGCUGGCCUUGUGGCUCUGCAGUUGCACAUCGGCUGUGUCUUGUUUUGAGUGCUUAGCAUCAGUAACACUGUUUUUUACUGUGCCAAUUGACUUAUUUCAUAGUCUAAUUUAAAUGUACUAAUAGCAAGCACUUUUGUAAAAUUUGCUCCCUGCUGUUCUUGAUUAAAGAUAUAUUUCUCUUAAA